AUGUGGUUGGCAACAUGGCCGAAAGAAGUCCGCUCGCUUGCGAAGGAAUUUCUCGGCAAAUUUACCCAGAUAAACGUCGGCUCUGAAGAUAUUCUUGUCAACCAAAUCAUCAAACAGUAUGUUGAAGUCUUCGCGAACUUUGUUAAGACUCGUAAGAAAACCGAAGUGUUGCUUCAUCGAUUAAAAGCUCGCUGUUUCGAUGUUGCAGCUAUGCAUGGAAACAUGCAACAAUAUGAAUGCGGGGCUAUUCUUGCAGGUAAGGCUCUUUUCUAUUGA